AUGCUUUAAGAAAGCAUACUCAAGUUGAAUCAGCUAUUAGAUUAAUAUAGUUAAUCCAAAAUGAAUGACGCAUAAGAACUUCUUACUCUAGAAUAACAAUUAUAAGUAAAAAAGUAUUAAAAUAUUUCAAGCACUCAACUUCAGAAUUUCAUACACUCAAAGUUUCAUAUGAGAAGUACUACGAAAUUUGGAGAGAGCUUCUAUUACAGAAUGAGUAUAAACCCACUGAUCCUGUAGCGAUUCGUUAAGUUGGGUCAGGAAAGAAGAGUCUCCUCAAAUAAUAACUUAGUUCCAAUAUCGACCCUCUACUGUAUCCAAGCAUAUCAUAAAAAGUGCCACUGUUUAACACCUUAAUGCUAUAUCACUUAAAGAGUUAGAUAAAUUAAUCAAAUUGAUUCAAAAUGAACCUCCAUUCCAAACUCCAACUUUUGUAAUUGACUCAGAUAUUCCCCUUGAUCGAUUGAUAGAAUAGCAAAGGAAUCAAAUCAACAAAGAAACCUCAUCUAUAUGUGUAUGGAUAAUUGAUUAUUGGUCUAGUAUUGAAAGAUUUACUAGGAUAUUUGAUCAAUACAUCAAUCUUAUCAGCAAAUAUGAAGAUAAAGUCUAAAAUUCUAUCAAAACCUCUUCAGAAUUAAGUAUUCAAAGAUAAAUAAGUAAAUUCAAACUACAUUCUAGAAUUAUCAUCUGAUGAGAUCAAAAAAAAAAGUAUUUCUGAAAAAGACUUGAAUCUCUAAAAAGAUUCUUGCAUAUAAUGUUGUUAAUUCUGAAGAAAUCACAAAUUUCAAAUUAUGAGUAUGCGUG